AGUUUUGAGUCUGCUCUGCUCCGUGAAGCGGAAGAAGUAUGAAUACCCUGACUUCUGCCAAGGUUGCAUCGCUGUAUGGACACUUCAGAUGUCGGAUUGAACAUACAUCGGGUUUUACUGCUUCGCUGCACGGAUAGCGCUGCUGUAAUCCGUUUGGUAUUUACGAGGCUACACUUACUGGGCCUCAGACAAUUAAAACUAUCUGGACUCUCGAAGAGCACGUUGUUCCUUGUGACUCUCGGGUAGAGGUAGACGAUAACAGACAACAGGAUUAUGGAUGAAUUGGGUGUUGAACGUUUUCUUGAUUUUAAUAGAUCAGGUAAAAUCUUAUCCAGGAUCUUUCUGAAGUAAGAUUAGCCUACAUCAGACGUUUAUUUGUCACCACUUAAAUCGAGUUUUGAUAUUUAAAAGGACGUUUGACUGCUCUGGUCUAGCAGUUCUUUAUCUGAACGCGGUGACAAAGAAAGUAACUGGGAAAGGCUAGCUACAGAUUUACUGUCAUGGUUUUUAUUUGAAGAAACGCUGAAAAAAGAAUAGCUUCCACGAUGGAUCGGGACAGAGCUAGCCCAUCCCCCUCCACCCUGCUGGAGUCCCCUGGUCACAACUCUCCUGGUAGAGCCUUACUGCUGGGUCUGAAGAGGGUGUCUGUGUGGCUGGUCGACUGCAGGAAAACACCAGGGCAGAGUGGAACUGUGAGAGAAGGACACGAGGAGGGAGAUUUGAUUUCAUCAAGGGACACCCCUAACAGUCGUUCUCUCAGUGGAAGAGGCUUAUCAGCUGGGGAGCCUCGACCACAUCAUGUUUCUGACGAGACAGAGAAGAGUCUCUCCAGAUCAGAACAUCUCAAGAAACCCCAGCAGAGACGAAUUGGGAAAAAACCUCACCGCUGCUCUGACUGUGGGAAGAGUUUCACAAAACGGAGUGGCUUCAUUAUUCACCAGCGGAUUCACACCGGAGAGAAACCGUACUGCUGCUCUCAGUGUGGGAAGUGUUUCACUGCUUCUCAUAACUUAAAAUGUCAUCUGAGAAUUCAUACAGGGGAGAGGCCUUACCCCUGCCUUGAUUGUGGGAAAAGCUUUGCUUAUUUGGGAUCCCUAAACAUACACAAGUUAACACACACUGGAGAGAAACCUUAUUGCUGUGAUCAGUGUGGGAAGCGCUUUGCUAUAUCAGAAGCCUUAACUAUACACCAGCGCAUACACACAGGAGAGAAGCCUUAUAGCUGUGAGCAGUGUGGGAAGAGCUUUGCUAUAGUUAUUUCCCUGAAUAGACACUAUCGAACACACACUGGAGAGAGACCUUAUGUCUGUCUAUGUGGGAAGAGCUUUUCUCUAGCUUCCAACCUGAAUAGACACAAGCGAACACACACUGGAGUGAAGCCUUAUAGCUGUGAUCAGUGUGGAAAGAGCUUUGCUGUAGCUUCCACCCUGACUAGACACCAUCUAGAACACACUGUAGGGAAGCCUUAUAGCUGUGAUCAGUGUGGAAAGAGCUUUGCUGUAGCUUCCACCUUGACUACACACCAGCGAACACACACAGGAGAGAAGCCUUACAGCUGUGAUCAGUGUGGAAAGAGCUUCAGUCAAUCAGGGAACCUGAAUUCACACCAGCAAACACACACUGGAGAGAAACCGUAGAUAGAUAUGUGGGAAGAGCUUUAUUCAUUUAGGGCCAAUGAGAAUACACCAGAAAGCACAAACGUGCCUUAUUUCAUCUCCCUCCGGUUCCAGAUCCCUAAAUAAAGGAUCAAUAGGAUUGGCCAUAGGCCUCCUGUAGCUCAGUUGGUAGAGCAUGGCGCUUGCAACGCCAGGGUUGUGGGUUCGAUUCUCACGGGG